AAUUUUAAAAUGAUCCAUUUGAUUCGAGAUCCAAGAGGGGUCAUGAAUUCUAGGAUAAAAGUUGAGCCAAAAAAAUAUGGAAAAAAGAAAUUGCCAAAUAGUGCUCGGUACUUGUGCCAAACAAUGGCGAUUGAUAUGAACAACACGUUCAAAUUGGCGAAGGAAUAUCCCAACAGAGUGACUGUUCUGCAUUAUGAGGAUUUAGCCGAAAACCCAUAUUCCACUACGGCAAGACUUUUCACCUUCAUGGACUUAAGCAUAACGCUGGAAAUUUACUGGUACAUCUUCCAUAUAACGACAGCGGGCACCUCAAACGAAAGAGCGUACGGAGUAGCUAGAAAUAAUUCCACAUCCACCGCCAACAGAUGGAAAAGAGAUUUAAAAUACGAUGAAAUAAAACAGAUUGAUGUUGAAUGUAAGAAUGCUUAUCCAUUGAUUGGUUAUUUACCAGUGACCAACUCAAGCGUUUUA